CUACGCACUAGCCUCAGAAGUAUUGUUACGCGACAUUUAUGUCGAUGACGUUAUAACUGGGGCAGACAGUCUUUCCGAGGCUUUUCAUCUGCAACAAGAAUUAUGUGCACUACUAAAGGCUGGAGGAUUUUGUUUGAGGAAAUGGUCUUCAAAUUGCGCUGAUCUUCUUCAAUCAAUCCCUAAAGAAAUGAAAGAAUUUUCUACUGCAGUAUCACUUAGUGAUGCAGAUUUCAUUAAAUCUUUAGGAUUACAAUGGCAUCCAGUGGGUGACUACUUUUCGUUCGUUGUUUCUUUCCCAAUACCUGAUAAAACUACCAAACGAAGUUUAUUAUCUGAUGCGUCAAAAUUAUUUGACCCUCUUGGAUGGUUAGCACCAACAACCAUAAUAGCUAAAAUUAUGUUUCAAAAGUUGUGGCGUCUUGGUAUUAGUUGGGAUGAUGAGCUUCCUAAUUGUAUAAAAAGCGAAUGGCUCGAGUAUCGCAAAGCGCUUCCUUGUUUAGAAAAUAUUAAAAUUGACAGGUUUAUAGGCACUUCAAAAUCAAGGCGAUGCUGUUUACAUGGUUUUUGUGAUGCAUCGCAAGUUGCUUAUGCAGCCGUGGUUUACUCGAGAACAAUUAUGGAAAAUGGAGAAGUAGUUGUGCAACUGCUUCAGAGUAAGACAAGGGUGGCUCCCGUAAAAUUACUCACAAUACCUAAGCUGGAGCUCUGCGCAUCUCAUUUACUUGCCCAACUGGUAGAUAAGGUAGUGAAAUCUUUGCAGGGGUGUGUUGAAAAUAUUGCUUUGUGGAGCGAUAGUACGACAGUUUUAGCGUGGAUUAGAGCGGAGCCGAUUCGUUGGACAGUGUUUGUAGCAAACCGCGUAGCAGAGAUUCAGCGUCUUACAAACGUCAGCCAGUGGCGAUAUAUUCCUACAUCCGACAACCCCGCAGAUUGUGCAACGAAAGGCAUUCUACCAGACAAUUUAUCAAUUCAUCCUCUCUGGUGGCAUGGCCCUGAGUGGCUACUUCAAAACGAGAGUGCAUGGCCAAGUGAUAUUGACUAUAGGAAGGAGACCACCCUUGAAAAACGAAAAGUGGUCAACAUCUUGCAUAUCAAUUCUUCAAGUUAUCCACAAAUUUUAUACAAAUUUUCUACUUUAGCCGCAGAGUUGAAAUCGGCAUUCAAUCGUCUGCUAUAUUUGUCCCAACGCUACGAAUAUCAUGAAGAAAUAAAGCAAUUGUUACAAACAGGUGAGCUACAGAAGAGCAAUCCGAUCAAGAAACUGAACCCUUUCAUUUGUGGAGAAGGAUUUCUACGCGUAGGAGGAAGGUUACAACUCGCUGAUAUACCUGAGAAUAUGAAACAUCCCUUUUUGUUAUCUAAGAAAAACCCUCUAACUCUACUUUUAUUUACAGACGCACAUACAAGAACGUUACAUGGGGGUAUACAACUAAUGAUAACUUUCAUUAGGCGAAAUUAUUGGAUACCAAAUGCGCGUAGAAUUGCGGAAACUGUAUUAAAGCGUUGUUUGGUAUGCUUUAGAUAUACAGCGAAAGUAGCAGAACAACUUAUGGGACAAAUUCCAGCGGUUCGAUUGACUCCAGCGCGACCAUUCUUACAUAGCGGCGUCGAUUUUGCUGGUCCAAUUGAUGUACGCCAAUCGUCUCUUCGUAAUGCUAGAACAUCAAAGGGGUAUAUUUGUAUAUUUCUAUGUAUGGUAUCAAAGGCAGUCCACUUGGAAUGUGUCUCCAGUUUAUCUACUGAGGCCUUUAUCGCAGCUUUUCGGCGCUUCAUUUCACGUAGAGGAAAAUGUACGCAACUAUACUUAGAUUGUGGGACAAACUUCGUUGGUGCCAGCAGUCUACUGCACACCAUGCAUCAGCGCAACACAGCAUCAAUACCGGAAGACCUCAGAGCAUGUUUUGCUAGCGAAGGCACAACUUGGAAUUUUAUUCCGCCAGCCUCUCCACACUUCGGUGGUUUAUGGGAAGCUGGGGUAAAAUCCACAAAAUUUCACCUUAAGCGUGUCUUGGAAGACCGCGUUUUGAAUUUCGAAGAGUUGACUACACUUUUAUAUCAAAUAGAAGCUUGCCUGAAUUCGCGUCCUCUUUGUCCGCUCAAUGAAGAUGAGGAAAACUGCGACGCACUUACACCAGGACAUUUUUUAAUUGGAGAACCAACUCUUAAUAUUCCUGAUGAAAACUUACUUGAUUUCGCUACUUCUGGAUUAAGUCGGUGGCGUAUGGUUGAACGCUUAAAACAACACUUUUGGCGUCGCUGGUAUUCGGAGUAUCUCAGUCGAUUACAAAGCCGUCCGAAAUGGACCACUACUCGUAUCAAUGCUAAAAUCGGCGACCUAGUUCUGAUGUAUGACGAAAGAUGUCCACCUGGCAGGUGGCCUUUAGCGCGCAUAGUUGAAAUGCAUCCAGGACCUGAUGGACUAACCCGAGUAGUCACUUUGAAAUGUAAAGGAAAAUUUUUCAAGAGACCUAUUCGUAAAAUUUGUUUUCUACCUAACGUGAACCCUUCCAAAUUAACGGAAGAUAGGAUUGUUGAAGGCAGCAACGAUACGGCUGUGAGUCGGGGCACAGCCAUUCAACCUGGCGAUAAACCAAUUACCUCCAACGGCUCUGCUGGAAACAAUUCUAAUUUCUCCGUUUAGUGAAGUACUGUCGUCCUUGGGCCCGGGAAUGUUCAUGUCACAUACGAUGAAAUUAUCUCCUCUACGAGAUGUUGUAAUAUGUGAGCGAGGUUUAAUAUUGAACCGCAGCUAACUUAUGUUAGCUGCAAUAAACUUUCUUUUUCUUUUGGAUGUCAACAGGUGUAGUCAUACUUUUUAACAUAAGCAAAUUAUUAAGGAAGU